UCUACAGUCUCACAAAAUGGCACCACCAAAGUCGCAAAAGGCCUCAAAGGGCCAGGAUGCGGCCACUACGGACCCAAGAUUUGCAAAUUUCCAAACUGACCCGCGGUAUCGGCUUCCAUCAAGAAGACACACACAUACGAAACUCGACAAGCGCUUUGCGCACAUGCUCAAGGAUGCCGACUUCUCCCAAAAAGCUAGCGUCGACCGGUAUGGACGGAAAGUCGCCAAUGACUCAGGCCGAAAAGGGCUGGAGAAAUUCUAUCAAUUAGAAGAAAGUGAAGAUGAAGACGAAGAUGAGGAUGAAGACGAAGAUGAGGACGAAGACGAGAGUGAUAACGACCAAGCUGUCCAGAAAGAAUUGGAGAGAGUGGGUGCCAAGUACGAUCCAGCACGAGAAGGUGGCUUUUCAUCAUCUUCAGACGACGACAGCGAAAGUGAGGCCGAGGUCGAGGACGAAGACGUGGAAGAAGCCGAAUUGGCGCAAAGUGUAGAAGUCCCAAUGGGGGAGGCCUCAUCACGGUUAGCAGUCGUGAACCUCGACUGGGACAAUAUCCGCGCAGUGGACCUAUGGGCUGUUUCAUCAAGUUUUGUGCCAGCAGAAGGUCGCAUCCUCGACGUAACGGUCUAUCCUAGUGAAUUCGGACGCGAGAGGCUGGAGCGGGAACGGGUAGAAGGACCACCAAAAGAGAUAUUUGCUGCCGCAAAGCGUGCUGAACUGGAUUCCGACGAAUCACCAGAAGCUUCCGACGUCGAUUCUGAUGCCGAGGACGAAAAGAUCAAGAAAAGCCUGCUCGAAGAGGACAACGGUGACGACUUCAAUUCUUCGGCUCUACGUGCCUAUCAGCUUGAUCGAUUACGCUACUACUACGCCGUCAUAACUUGUUCUUCCACAAAUGUUGCCAAAUCGCUAUACGAUAACAUGGACGGACGGGAAUACCUCUCCUCCGCCAAUUUCUUCGAUCUCCGCUUUGUACCCGAUGAUGUAACUUUCGACGAUAAGCCCCGCGAUGAGUGUACUUCAUUACCCGAUUCCUACCGGCCGAACGAAUUUGUGACCGACGCUCUGACCCACAGCAAGGUAAAACUGACGUGGGACGCGGAUGACAAUACUCGAAAAGAAGUGCAGAAGCGUGCCUUUUCGCGUAAAGAGAUCGACGAAAACGACUUAAUGGCGUAUAUCGGGAGCGACAGCUCCGAGGCCGAAGAUGAGGACCCUGCCGCAGGAAGUAAAUCAAAAGUCGACAAAGCGGCUGCUCUCCGUGCAAAACUUGGACUAGGCGAUGGAUCAUCAAAGCCAGCAAAGAAGCGGGAAGCAGGCGCCCCUAUGGGUGACAUGCAAAUCACCUUUUCUGCAGGCCUUUCCGGGUCUGCCUCAAAGGGUUCAGUGUUUGAGAACCAGCCGGACAAUAACGAGACAACAAUUGAGAAGUAUACACGAAAGGAAAAGGAGAAGAAGGCACGCAAAAAGGAGAGACGCGAGGCCGAACGGAGCGGCACUGAUUUGACCACCCAACCUCAGCCAUCGAAGGAGAAGAAGGUGGAAGUAGUGGACGGGGAAGACGCUUUUAAUGACCCCUUUUUCGACGACCCCGAGGCCCUAUCUCGCGAGCAUGCGAAAGCUGCUCGAAAGGCAGAAAAAGCCAAAAAGCGCGAAGAACGAGACAAGGAGGAGGCAGCUUCAGCGGCUCAACGUGCUGAGCUCGAGUUGCUCAUGGUGGACGAGAACGCAAUGGGCGCUGCUGGUAUUCGGCACUUCAACAUGAAUGAGAUCGAAAAGGCUGAGAAGCAAGCAAAGCGAAAGGGGAAGAAGAAGGGCAAGAAAGGUGAUGAAGAGAAGGCUACCUCUACGGACUCUUUCCAAAUGGACGUCAAGGACCCCCGAUUCUCGCGAGUCUUUGAGAAUCACGAAUACUCUAUCGAUCCUUCAAAUCCAAAAUUCAAGGCCACUGGGGGGAUGAAGGCACUACUGGAAGAGGGCAGACGGAAGAGGAAAGGUGGCAAAGACGAGCAGGGCGUUGAUCCAAGUCACAAAAGGGCGAAGAAGUCCAAGAUUAAUGAGGACAAGGCGGAUGUGGGAGACUUGAAAAAGCUGGCCGAAAAGGUAAAGGUGAAGUCAGCCAAGGCGUAAUUUCAAGAUGUAUUUUUACUGUCAAUGAUACCACGAGAUGCGAUAGGGUAACACUUCUGAGAACGCUUCCGUCUCUAAUAAAGGCCCCUUGGAUGACCCUAAAACAACUACCAAUCCGAUCCAUAAA